CGGGCUUCCAAUCGGCAGAAUCUCUGAGCCUCCUCUUCCAGCAGCGUUGGCCAUUGGCUGCAGUCAUGGGCGGAGCCAUGGAUCGCGGAGCGAGCCGCUUCGGGCUACAGCCGAGGCCCCUACAUCCCUCAGAAUGACGCUGGACGUGGGGCCGGAGGAUGAGCUGCCCGACUGGGCUGCGGCCAAGGAGUUUUACCAGAAGUACGACCCAAAGGAUGUUAUUGGCAGAGGAGUGAGUUCUGUGGUUCGUCGUUGUGUUCACCGAGCUACUGGUGAUGAGUUUGCAGUGAAGAUCAUGGAGGUGACAGCUGAGCGUCUGAGUCUUGAGCAGCUAGAGGAGGUGCGAGAAGCCACUCGGCGAGAGAUGCACAUCCUUCGCCAGGUCGCUGGCCACCCCCAUAUCAUCACACUCAUCGAUUCCUACGAGUCUUCUAGCUUCAUGUUCCUGGUGUUUGACCUGAUGCGGAAAGGAGAGCUAUUUGACUAUCUCACAGAGAAGGUGGCCCUCUCAGAAAAGGAAACCAGGUCCAUCAUGAGGUCUCUGCUGGAAGCAGUUAGCUUUCUCCAUGCCAACAACAUUGUGCACCGAGACCUGAAGCCUGAGAAUAUUCUCCUAGAUGACAAUAUGCAGAUCCGCCUUUCAGAUUUUGGGUUUUCCUGCCACUUGGAACCUGGCGAAAAGCUUCGAGAGUUGUGUGGGACUCCAGGGUAUCUAGCACCAGAGAUCCUUAAGUGUUCCAUGGACGAAACCCACCCAGGCUAUGGCAAGGAAGUUGACCUCUGGGCCUGUGGGGUUAUCUUAUUCACACUUCUGGCUGGCUCACCACCAUUCUGGCACCGGCGCCAGAUCCUGAUGUUACGCAUGAUCAUGGAGGGACAGUACCAGUUUAGUUCACCCGAGUGGGAUGACCGUUCUAACACCGUCAAAGAUCUGAUCUCAAGGCUGCUACAGGUGGAUCCUGAGGAGCGCCUAACUGCAGAGCAAGCCCUACAGCACCCCUUCUUUGAGCGCUGUGAAGGCAGCCAACCCUGGAACCUCACACCUCGCCAGCGGUUCCGGGUGGCAGUAUGGACAAUACUGGCUGCUGGGCGCGUGGCCUUAAGCACUCACCGUUUACGGCCGCUGACCAAGAGUGCACUAUUGAGGGACCCCUAUGCACUGCGGCCAGUACGGCGUCUCAUUGACAACUGUGCCUUCCGGCUCUAUGGGCAUUGGGUGAAGAAGGGCGAGCAGCAGAACCGAGCAGCCCUCUUCCAGCACCAGCCUCCUAGACCUUUUCCCCUGGUAGUCACUGAAGAGUCCACUGCUAUCACUGAGGAUGAGGCUGCACUGGUGCUGGGCUAGGACAUCGGCCCUGGGCAAGCCAGAAAAGCAGGAUUCUCAGGAGGAGUUUUGUUUUUUUUGUUUUUUACAUCAUUCCAGCCCUCAGGGCUCUGACCUUCGGCCCCCUGCUUUGCUAAGCCUACCACUGAUAAUGCUACUGUCAUAGAAACCAGCCCUGUACAUCUAUCCCUUCUUCUGGGCUUAGAGAUCAGACCUGGGAUAAAAGGAAGCUACUGUGAAUGCUCCUGCCUGGCCUCGUCACUGCCACCUGUGCUGCAUCUGAAAUAAAACUUACUACAAGCCCGGGAAAGCCAG